AGGCCUCUCUCGGGUAUCCUCCCUUCACUCUCUUUGCCUUUUCUUUUUCCUUCCCUUUUCCUCUCUCUCCUUUUCCUGCAUCGAUCCUGCAGCACCUCUUCCACCUUCUCUUUUCGUUUUCUUUCUCUUUCUUUCUUCCCGUUUUAUCCGUAUAUAACGCGCAUGCGCGGUUGUGUGUGUAUAUAUAUAUUUCUCCAAGGGAGAGAUACGGGGACGAGCAAAAAAACGAAUGGACAAUAAUGGUAUAAACGUUUACGACGUAGGAGAGGACGUUCAGAGGACGCCACGGAUGCGUAAUUUCGCGACCUCGUGCGGGAGAAAGGAAAAACUAAGAUCCGUAUUCUAAUUAAGGUUAAGGAUAAUCUUCGCGUCGUAAGAUCCAACUGGUUCCACAUCUCUCUUCUAGCGGAGUGUUCGAGUUAAGCUCUGACGGACAAGUGUACAUGGGAACGAAUUGGUUGAGAGAUUUGCACGAGAAUAUUAAUGCGUUGAACAGAAAUUUACAACAAAAUAUGUACCAGCUACAACAACGAAUACAUAACACUGUGCAAAGAAAUUUGGAACACGCUCAUCGAUUGACGGAAAAUCUAGAUAGUAAUUCUAACAUGAUACAAAUGAUUGGAGGAAACAGUGUGAUCGUGACGAAUAACGAUGGGACUAAGAUCGUCCAAUCCGGUCGCACUUCCGACGGAAAACCUUAUAUCCGUGAAAGCACGGACAAAAUUAUAGGCGACACUCUCCGACAUAUUGAAAGAAUUUACGAUCCCAUUACUAAUACUUCAAAGAUGCACGGGUAUACGUUGAAUUUAAAGGAUCCCUCGGCCAAACCUGUUCCGUUAAACGAUACUGUGUAAACGAUGCCAAGGAAAAAUGAUGCUUAAUCCUUAUAUUUAACAAUAAUCAUUUAUCUAUCUAUAAUAUUAUAUUUCCAUGUAUAUGUAAAGGACGUAAUAAAUGAGUGAAUAAUCAA